GUAUCCUUCUCUUUUCCCAUUUUCUUUCUCUGGAACCAAACACACACGAUGAUCUAAAAAGAGCUUAAAACUUUUGUGAACUCGUAAGGACUCUAAAUUCAGUGCUAAUAAUAAUCAAUAAUGUAACCCUUCUCAUUUAAUUUUGGGAUUACCAAACGGAUUUGUCCCACACACUCACACAUAAAUUGUCUACUCAUUUCUUUGUUUCAUCAUUAGUUUCACAUGAUCCAUUUUUAUUAACAUAAUAAAUUCUUUAAAUUCAAUUAAAUGAACUUCACUUUAUAUUCUGAUUUCUGCAAUCAUUGUACAUAAAAACUGUUACAAAAAAAUGGCAAUAAAAGUUGAUAGGGUACCCUAUACAGCUUGGCUUACAUGAAAACAAAUUCUGUUUCAUCUUCACACAUUCAACAUGUUCACUUUGUCAUUGUUUUCUUUAUAAUGUCUCUUUCUUCUUCUUCUUCUUCUAAUGUCUCUAUAGUUCCUGUCACACUGCUACAAUACAACACUACUUGUUACAUUUUUGUGUGCUUUAACGGCAACGUUGUUGUUUGAUUAAAGUGUCUUGAUUCUUGAACUUUGUGUCCAUUGUCUGUUUCUAUUUGUUUUUUCUUUCUUUUGUUUUUUUGUACUUUUUUUUUAACUUUUUUUUGAAACUUUUUUUUUUCUUCUGGGUAGUUGAUUUAACAUUUCAGAUGGAUUCUGAGAUUUGAUUUUUGUUGUAAAGUUGAAAACUUGAAAUGAAUAGACAAAAGGGUCAUCAUUAUGAUGAAGAUAUGAGUUCUUCUUCUUCUUCUUCUUCUAAGGUUAUUGUUGUUGCUGUUAAAGCUUCAAAAGAUAUUUCAAGAACUGCUUUGGUUUGGGCUUUGACUCAUGUUGUUCAACCUGGAGAUUGCAUUAAGCUUUUGGUUAUCAUUCCUGCACUUUCAUCAAGAAAAAAAGUAUGGGGGUUUUCAAGAUUUACUACUGAUUGUGCCACUAAUCACUGGACAUCGCGAUUAGGAACGGUUUCAGAUCAGAAAGAAGAUAUUACAAAUUCAUGUUCUCAAUUAGUGCUUCAACUACAUGAUUUCUAUGAUCCUGAGAAGAUAAAGAUUAGAGUGAAGAUUCUUUCUGGCUCUUCGUGUGGCGCGGUGGCUGCUGAAGCCAAGAGAGUGCAGUCAAGCUGGGUUAUAUUGGACAGAAAAUUGAAAGGUGAAAAGAAAUACUGCAUGGACGAGCUGCAUUGCAAUAUUGUAAUUAUGAAGCAUUCUCACCCAAAGAUUCUACGCUUGAAUUUGAAUAGUUCGCCUAAGAAGGAACUUGAUAGAGAUUGUACAUUUUUGUUGGAGCCGAAUGCAUACACAAGAAGCUUAAAAGACAAUUUUGAACAUUCAGAUAUAAUUAAAGGUCCAUCAGUUACUCCGGCUAGUAGUCCAGAACAAGGCUCACCACCAUUGACUGUAACUACUGAUAUUGGAACAGCGUCGAUAUCGAGCUCAGAUCCUGGAACAUCGCCAUUUUUCCAUUCUGACAAUUACGAAAGACGGAGGAGAUGUUUUCCCUUUGUUGUUCACGAGGGACUGACAAACCUCGAGGAUAUUGUAUCUGACUCGGAGAGUGAAAAGCUAAGUUCAUCAUCCAAAAGUUCAUCUUUUCAGCCAUGGAUUUCAAAUAUGAUUUGUGUAGACGGCGAGUUCUCAAAACACGAAGAAAAUAUCAAAAGAUCUAGUGAUAAGUCUUUGGUUUCUACCUAUGAAUCUUUGCUUCAGAAAUUGACGAUGUUGGAUCAAGAUCAUAUCUAUGGAAAGCCUACUUGUAAAAUUGAUGUGAACUUGAGCAAGAGUGUUAGAGAAGCAAUUUCACUAGCCAGAAAUGCACCUCAUGGACCUCCUCCACUGUGCUCUAUUUGUCAACACAAAGCACCUGCAUUUGGGAAUCCUCCAAGGUGGUUUACGUUUGCGGAACUACAGCUCGCCACAGGUGGUUUUUCGCAAGCAAACUUCUUGGCCGAAGGUGGUUUUGGUUCUGUACACCGUGGUGUCCUGCCAGACGGACAAGUUGUUGCUGUCAAGCAGUAUAAAUUAGCCAGUACUCAAGGAGAUAAAGAAUUUUGCUCAGAAGUAGAGGUCUUAAGCUGCGCACAACACCGCAAUGUUGUGAUGCUAACUGGUUUCUGUGUCGAGGAUGGAAGAAGAUUGCUAGUUUAUGAGUAUAUCUGCAAUGGAUCGCUCGAUUCUCAUCUCUACGGACGAAUGCAGAAUGUGUUGGAUUGGUCUGCACGCCAAAAAAUUGCGGUUGGAGCAGCACGUGGUUUGAGAUAUCUUCAUGAAGAAUGUAGAGUUGGUUGCAUUGUACACCGUGAUUUGCGACCUAACAAUAUCCUCCUCACUCACGAUUUUGAAGCAUUAGUGGGAGAUUUUGGACUUGCUAGGUGGCAACCAGACGGAGAUAUGGGCGUCGAAACUAGGGUGAUAGGAACAUUUGGGUAUUUGGCACCAGAAUAUGCUCAAAGUGGUCAAAUUACUGAAAAAGCUGAUGUGUACUCAUUUGGGAUAGUAUUACUGGAACUUGUGACCGGUCGGAAAGCUGUGGAUAUUAGUCGGCCGAGGGGCCAGCAAUGCCUUAGUGAAUGGGCACGCCCGUUGCUUGAAGAACAAGCCAUUCAUAAACUUGUAGAUCCGAGCAUAGGAAACAGCUAUGUUGAUCAAGAGGUUUAUCGCAUGAUGCAGUGUUCCUCUAUGUGCAUUCGACGGGAUCCUCAUUUAAGGCCUCGUGUGUCUCAGGUGCUCAAGAUGCUUGAAGGUGACAUUCUCAUGUGAUUGCCGAUCAUUUUUACAUUUCCCGAGUGUAUCAGACCAUAGCAGAAAACAAAGGACAAUGCUGUGUGUGCAGAGGAAAACAUGGAGGGAGGUUGAGGUUCUUUUUAUAGGUGGAGAGUGCACAAGUUUAAAGCUUCUUGCAUUUCUUCUUUUUACUAGUAAUUUUUUUGGUUUAGUGAUGUAAAUAAUAGUAUCUAUCGACGAUUUUGUGGAGGGGAGAGGAACAUAGUAUAACUAACGAAAUCGGAAUUUAGCUCAUUGUACAGAACAAUAUUCCAGUUUUGGUUUAUCCUAUCCAGUAAUGAAAAUUUCCUGAAA